AUGGAGGAAGAUAACGAGGCAAAAAACUGCGUGUGCCAAGUGUGCGGCGGCCGUAGCUUCUACGAAAACGACGGUUUCUAUUAUUGCCAGGAAUGCAGUUCUCAGGCUCAAGGAAUCAUGCUCACCGACGUUGCCGACGAGGAUUUCUUCGAUAAAACCGGCGGCGGUGGCGGCGGCCUCUAUAGUGCUCGCUUCACCCGGCGUUCCCAGCCCACCCUUAGUCAGGGAACCGAAGCCAAUUUCACUUCCCAACUGUGGUACCAAUUCUCGCAGGAACCGGAGGAUUUUGCGGCGAAAGCGACGGGGACGCUCGAUUACGAGGAUUACUUCAAUGAGGUGAGGAUUAGGUACAUAAUGGGGAUACAGUGGAUGAUUCAGUUACAAUGCGAGGCUUUGGUUGAGAAUUUCGGUGUCAGCCCUUUGAUCUGUGGGAUUGCCUCUGCUGUUUGGUUGAGGCUCGUGGUUGUGGCUGGAGUGUUCAAAGAUGGCUGGGCUAAUGCCACAUUAACGGAAUCCGAGAUUCAAAACCGGGGGGAACCUUACGACAGUAAAGAUCAUCGCAAGCGCAGCAAUGAACCACAUAAUGCAUAUGGCCAGCGAGCUGUAAUGGUUUGGUUUAGGAGUUUGAGGAAAGUAAUACCUCUAGAUUACUCUUUGGCUAUCUGUUUUUUAGCUUGCCAUGUUGCAAGGGAAGCAGUUCUACCUACUGAUAUAGUGAAGUGGUCACUUGAAGGUAAGAUUCCUUUUUUUGCUGCCCAUGUUGAAAUUGAGAAGCGCUUCGAACAACCAUCGCUUGCCUGUCCGAUAAGUUCGUCCUUAAUGUUUAGGCCUUCUCAGCCAGUUCCUUUCCAGAAGUUGGAAGCAAUGGCAGCUAGUAUUUCCGAGUUAAUAGGUUUGAGUUUGCCACCAGUGAACUUCUAUGCAGUAGCGUCUUGCUAUCUCAAUCAACUGUCUGUUCCUGGCGAAAAGAUUCUUCCACAUGCUUGCCACAUCUAUGAGUGGUCAAUGCCUCCUGAUUUGUGGUUGUCAACAAAUGAGUUGAGAAUUCCCACUCGUGUCUGUGUGAUGUCGAUAUUGAUUGUAGCAAUUCGAAUGCUAUACAAUUUAAAUGGUUUUGGUGCAUGGGAAAGGAGCUUAUCUAAAUGUGUCCCUUCUGGAGUGAGGGGAGAUGCUGACAGGGAUACCGGCUACCUAUCUGAUGAGAUGCCUGAUUCAAGUGAAAAAAUGGUCAUCAAUGAACGCGUUGUUCAGGGAUUGAAGUUUGAUUCAGGGGAACUCUUGCGCAAUCUUGAGUCAAAGUAUAGUGAGAUUGGAGAACCAUGUGAAUUUGCGAAAGACUUGCCAUCAUAUCUCCAGUACUGCAAUGACGUGGUAUUUGCCGGAGGUGGUUCAUCUUCGCAGGACCAGCGGGAGGAAGAAGAAUUGAUAGAGAAGCUAUGGAAUUAUUACCAGAAUGCAAAGGAUUGCGAGUCCAGAGAAGAAGAGCCUGAGAUGCAUAGCUAUACUGUUAAUAAAAAAAGAUCAACGAGUGAUGACGAUGGUUAUAUCCCAACACAGCCAGUACCAAGGCAAUUCAGAGAGAUGUCAAAUGAAAGCCCCUCUCCUCAUAGUUCCAACAACCACGGUAGCGAUUCCCCGCUCCAGGAUUCUGAUAAUACCGACACUUCCGAAGAAAUCGCUCUCAGGAAAUUGAAAACGGACAUGGAGGAGAAUCAUUUCUGCUACAUCCCACCGAGGGUUAAUGCCAAGAGAUCUGGCUAUCUCCAAUAUGCAAGGAAACAGGAGGAAGGUAUUUUGAGAUAUGUUGCGCAUGCAGAUUACUACAUCCUGCUGCGUUCUUGUGCAAAAGUUGCUCAUGUCGAUAUAAGGAUCAUGCACAUUGCGGUGUUGGGUCUGGAGAGGAGAUUGGCUUGGUUGGAGAAAAGGAUUCAUCAUUGCUUGCAUUAG